AUGGAAGAAAACCUCAUUGUGAACAGCACUACGCUGGAGUCAGUUGGAACCAUCACAGAUGUGGACGAUGUCCACGAGGGCCAGCUCUACAAAACGCAAGCCGACUUCAAAAGAGCUCUCAAAGCUUACACAAUGAAAAGAGGUUUCGAGUACGCCCCUACCAAAUGCAACGACCUUAAGCUAACCACGAGAUGUCGUGUCGCAGAUUGCCCGUGGAGAAUAAAGGCGCAUUACCUACCAGGACUUACACAAUGGUGGGUGAAGAAAUUUAUUUCGAAACACACUUAUAGCCGAGCAAUAGGGGAUUUGAGCCACAGGAAUUGCGAUGAGGAGUUUAUCGCAUAUUUUGUUAUGGAGCAGGUCGUGGCGAACGAGAAAUACAUGCCAAAGAUGGUUCAGACUAAGAUUUUGCGCCAGCAUGACGUCAGAAUUUCUUACUGGAAUGCCUACCGGGCCAGAGAAAGGAUCCUUCAGAAGAUCCGCGAAGAUUUUGAGGGCUCGUUCGCUGCAUUUUUGUCAUACAUGCGAGAGCUGAGGAUGGGUACUUUCCUAAUGGAUAAGUUUAGAGGGACUCUGCUGACGGUUUUAUGUAUCGAUGAAAAUAACUAUUUCCUGCCAUUGGUGUGGACAGUUGUUGACGCUCAUGGUUAUUGCAUAUACCACCUGUCUACCAAUCCCCCGCACGCGACAAAAAAUACCCCUGCGUGGAGAAGAUUUUGGGCGGCGACGCAUGCUUACACUGUCGCGGAGUUCAACGAAAUAAUAGAGAAGAUGAAUGAUUUGAACCCGGAACAGUACAAGUGUGUAGUCAAGCUUCCUCAGCAUAGGGGGGGCUAUCCAUUGGUUCCUUCGAAGGCGUUAUUCAAUGCUCACUUCCAACUGUGCCAAGAUGAUAAACAGUGUUAUACGACAUUUAAAGGGCAUUCCAAUUACAUACCUAGUAGAGGAAACACGAAAGAAAACGGCGUGGCAAUCACACCAACCAGUAUGGAGGUCGUGGAUCUUUCUAAAAUGACAUGUUUCUGCAAGCGUUGGGACAUUGAUGGCAUCCCAUAUAAGCACGCCAUAGGAGCAAUCUCAUGUAGGCUGCGAGAUCCAUAUGAUUUUAUCGAUGACUGGUUCAAGACCACAACUUAUCACGUAACCUACAACGACUACGUCCCUCCCACCAGAGGCAAAGAGCACUGGCCACCUAUACCAAACACCGUUGUGCCGCCGCGGCCGCCAAACGUGCGCAUACAAUCGGGGAGAAGGAAGAUUGCACGGAAGUAG